AUGACGCCCGAGACUCUCUACUUGCCUGACGGGCAGACGUACACGGUUGGCCCGGUGUUUGGCGGCGUCGCCUUCAAGAGCAACGACCUCACCCACGGCACACAUUUCCCCAUCGGCUGGAACAUUGCGCUGCACACGGAGGAAGAGAAAAUCGUGUUUGCAGAUGGAUCCACGUCCCUGCCCAACGGAGAGGGCCACACCGAGGCCCGUGGCGGCGGUGACGAAAACGCCAUGGAUACAGAGGAUGGCUCGGCGCCGAAGCGCAAGAAACGGGUUCGGCCAUUCGUGCAGCCGACGCGCCAAAACGACACGCUCUUCAUCUCGUCAAUCUCGACGCCAUCUAGUCAGGAGUAUGGCCCGCCUGCGAGCCCGACCCGCCAGAUCGCCAUGAUUCUGUGGGUGAGCCUGUACUGGUACUUUCACCAGCGUGAGCCGUCGCCUCACAUGAGCACCGUGGCCUCUCACGCGACGCCGGACUCUGCAAAGCCCACGGGGGAGUGGCGCAUCACUAUUCAGCGCGACGGCGUGCUUCGCGGCCGCAAUCUGAUUCCCAAGCUCGAGCGCAUGGGCUUGCUGGCUACCGAGUCGACGGAUGUCGGCACCAGUCUCGAUGAUGGCGAUGAGACGUGGUCGCACAUGUUUGUAUCCAAGCGCAUGUUCUGGCAGCUGCCCCCGAAUCUAUUUCUAUUUACUUUGAAGCCCGUCAAGGGUCCUUCGCCGUGGCCGACCUCGGCCGCAUCGCCCAAUAGCAGUCGCCCCGGCUCUCCAGUGGCAUUUGGCGCCACGACUCACCUUACGCCAGGGACCGCGUCUCCUCAACCAGGUGUCGCCAGGCUCUACAAUGACUUGCCGGGAGCCCCAAUUCCGACAAACAUCUCAAGCAGUGUGUCCACGAUGGCACAUCCCAUCACGCCCUUCUUCUCGACCUCGCAUCUGCCAACCUACUACCCUCCGCUCACCUUGCAGUAUACGUUCACGGACAACCUGCGGCAUCCGCUGCGGCCGAAACCGCCUCGUAUGGGUGAGGUAUUCUACAGCCGCUUCCUGCCAUCAGUCGGUCGCUACCUGUCUUUCCGCGUGGCUUCCCUAUCACCAGAGCCGGUUCCGUACUUUGGACCGAUUGGACCCAACCCGCCGGACCACCCGGAGCUGACGGCCCUCUCGGAUGCACAGCUCCUCGAGUCGUGGUUCAACAAGCCGCGCGUGGGUGCAUUCUGGGGCAAAUUUUCCCCUCAAUUCCUGCCCGGCGUCCUCAAGCUAAAGCAUUCGUUCCCGGUGAUUGGUCUCUGGGACGGCGUGCCGUUUGGAUACUUUGAGAUUUACUGGGUCAAGGAGGAUAUCCUGGGCAAAGUCCUGGGCGGAGAGGCUGGCGAUUUUGAUAGAGGCUUGCAUGUGUUGGUAGGCGAAGAAUGGGCGAGGGGACGAGCGUCGGAGUGGAUGACGAGCUUGGUUCAUUGGUGCUUCACGACGGACAUGAGGACUAUGAACGUUUGCCUGGAACCGAGGAUUGACAAUGAGAGAAUCUUAAAACACUUGGACGAGUCUGGCUUUGGCCGUGAGAGGCAAAUAUCGUUCCCGCAUAAACAAUCCUGGUAUGUCCGUCUGCGCCGCGAGACCUGGACUGGGCCACUGCUGUAG